AUGGCAUCGACAACAGCCGCAGCUGCUCAACAGCAGCAGAACGGUGCGGGCCAGGCACAGACGUCGCCCGUGCUGCCACCCAACGCAUCGCGACUUCCACAGACGGCACAGCUGGAUGCGCUGCUCACCAUCAUUCGCGACGCCUCUACGCCUCGAUCCGAUUUCAUCUUCUACUCGGAUCGCAUCAUUCGGCUGCUGGUGGAGGAGGGGCUGAACCACCUGCCGACUGUUCCGCAGACGGUCAUGACGCCUACGGGGUUCGAGUACUCUGGGGUGUCGUUCCAGGGGCGAAUCUGCGGCGUGUCGAUCCUGCGCGCCGGUGAAGCGAUGGAGGCCGGCCUUCGCGAGUGCUGCCGCAGCGUCCGCAUCGGCAAGAUCCUCAUCCAACGCGACGAAGAGACCGCCAAGCCCAAGCUGUUCUACGCAAAGCUGCCCGAAGACAUCGCCGACCGAUGGGUGCUGCUCUUGGAUCCCAUGCUGGCGACAGGAGGCAGUGCGAUCAAGGCGAUCGAAGUGCUCAUCGAAAACGGCGUCAAGGCGGAACAGAUCCUAUUCUUGAAUCUUAUCGCCAGCCCAGAAGGCCUCAACAACAUGUAUGCAAAGUUCCCGCAGGUCAAGGUCAUCUCGGCUUGGGUAGACGAACGUCUGGACGAAAAGAGUUACAUCAUCCCUGGUCUGGGUGACUACGGUGACCGAUACUACAGCGGUUGA